ACACUAUCCAAUAUACUCUCUUCCUUCAUAAUGUCAGCCUUUCUUUAAUCUCCCCAGUUGUCAACUACCCCGGCUUUGCCAUAUUGCCUCAAUAUAUUCUCUCCAGCCUACCCGUUCCUACAUCUGCCCUGGCCCUACAAUAUCCAACCAGUCUGAUUGCUUAGCCUUGGAUUUGCUCCUUCAACACCUCAGCAUUUCACUUAAGCGCCUUUUACACAUAAGCGCCUCGCCCCUGCGUGCCACUGCCACCCGCUUUGGCCUUAUUGUCCUCGAAGAGACCAGCAAGAUAAAGCAUUGCUCGGAGUCGAUACACAUAGGCCUGCCUGUACACCAACGCUUCCGGCUACUGCAACUGUGGUUUUUGUGCCUCGAGGGACCACCGCGGUGGGCUGUCAUCCUGCUCAAGCAACACACUCAAGUACCACUCGGCUACCUACAGUAGAGACCGCCAUCCAACAUCCCGCCCCAGCGAAACCUCACACAAUUCACCUGUACCUCUACGCCGGCCUUGUUCUCACUCCUGGAACCCGGAAUUCGCCAAGUAUACCCACGGCCUUGCAUGUAACACCAGACGCCUGCACUGCUGGCAUCUGUCUUGGUUGGACCUAUUGUUCUCCCAAUAACCAUAACCACCAUCUUACGCCCUCUUCCUCAAUGUCUACUGCUGUCGAGUCUUCUCAUCAUAUUUUUGGCACCACUUAUACGCUCAACAACAUGUCUCGAUCACUUCACACUCCCUACGAGGCCUACUCCUCAAGGCAGGCACACUACAUGCCAGAGCAGCAAUCACAUCAGCCGCACUUGUAUCGCCAACAGCAACAACACAGGCUGCCUCCCGUGACUACCAUUCUACCCGUCAUUGGUUCUGGUCCCGUUUCUUCUUCCUGCGAUCCAGUUUACCGAGGCCAUAGCCAGACUUAUUACUCCGACUACCCAACUCCUUCACCAGUGGGACAAACACCUCCUCAACUCCCCAUUACCUAUAGCGAGGCUCGUUCUUAUCAUGGGAGGCAACUAGACGGCCGUCUAUCCCCAGCCUAUUCCACUGCCGCCAGUGAAAGGUCAACUGUUGAGUCAACCUACGAGCCUCGUUCAAGGCAAACAAGCAACGGUCAUCAGGCGCAUGUUGAGCCAUCUUGGCCACCGUUCCACCAGCAGCCCUCACGAUUAAGACAGGAGUCAUCCAGCCAUUUCACCAUGGUACGGAAAGCCUCGACACUCGACAACAACCACAACAGCAACAACUCUCCAUCAUCGGAGGGAUCACAAACCCCAUCCAGCUCCCAGCAAGGUGGUUCCCCAAGGCAGGAAUCCCGGCCCAUGAGCAUAUCCAACCUCAUAAGCACCGAAAACACCAGAAACAAGCGGAACCCGGUCACCCUACCACCACCACCCUCAGGCAAAAAGACCGAUUACCGAAUCUUCGUCCGUCAACAGCCCUUCGCCGCCCGCAGCUGCGGCUUCGGCGAGCGCGACCGGCGCGUCAUCGACCCGCCGCCCAUCGUGCAGCUGACCAUCCACAACGACACGCUCUCACGCGAGGAGCACAGCCGACUCCUGCGGCAUCAGUUCAGCGUCAUUCACUGCAGUAUCUGGGACGAGACGGGCGUCAAGGACAUGAGCAGCAUGCCCGAGGAUUUCCGGCAGCAGCGGCGUUUGAUGGGGGACGCUGGUUGCGUCCCCCUUUGUAGGGUUAGAUGAGAACGGCGAGGAGGGCUGUUUCUUUUGUUUCCCCGACCUGAGCUGUCGCACGCCGGGGACGUUUCGGCUCAAGUUUGCGCUGGUCGUGCUGGACCCCGCGAGGAUGAUGGCGGGUGAUAGGAGUAGUAUUGUCGCGACGGUGAUGAGCGAGCCGUUUCACGUGUAUAAUGCCAAGGAUUUCCCGGGGAUGAAGGCGAGUACGCCAUUGACAAAGAGACUCAAAGGGCAGGGGUGUUUGAUCAGUAUCAAGAAAGGGAAUGAGAAGGGAGGGAACGGGAGUGGGAGCAAAGGCGACAGGGAGGAGGAGAGUGGGGAGGAAGAUGAUGAGGAUGCGGAUGGGGAAGAGAGCGGGAGGGGAGGAGGGAAAAAGGGGAGGAAAAGGCAGAAGAGGGUGUCUUCGUGAAGGUGUAUUCGAUUUUGAUAAUCGGUUUUCUUUUCUUUAUUUUUUUUUUUUUUGUCUUUUUUUUUUCUCUCUUCUUUUCUUCCCGGGGGUUCACCCAUUCUACGGUUCACGACUCGCUAUAUACCCAUUUUCAUUUCUUUCUACUUCGCAAUGUAUGGUUUCAAUCGAAAGCAUUUCACCUUCAUUAAGAGCGUUCCGCAAAUUGGCGCAUUGAGGGUUUCAGCACAUUAGCAAACUGCUUGCUAUGUUCCAUACUCAACAUCAUCUUCUCCGAUAAGUUAUCAAUGAUCACUUAACAGCGCCAGUGGUUU